AGGCAGGAAAAAAAAAAACUAACAUUAUGAGUAUGAACUACGCGUCUGCGGCGCCCACGCAGAGGUCGACGUCGUUUUUCAUUGAGGACAUCUUAUUGCACAAACCCAAGCCGCUGAGAGAGGUCAUCCCCUCUCCGUUCUGUAGCUCCCUGGCCUCCCGGAUGCCCAUCCUGGAGUAUGGAUACCCUCUGAUGCCAACCCCGAUACUGGCGCCACACUCGCACCAUCCUCUCCACAAGCCGGAGCAUCACCAGUACUUUUUCACUUCUGGGAUGCAGAUGCCGGCCUUGUUCCAGCAUCACGCGGAGUUACCGGGGAAACACUGCAGACGCAGAAAGGCCCGGACGGUUUUCUCCGACUCGCAGCUGUCCGGCCUGGAGAAGAGGUUUGAGAUCCAGCGGUACCUGUCCACACCGGAGAGAGUGGAGCUGGCUACGGCGCUCAGCCUGUCCGAAACACAGGUAAAAACGUGGUUUCAGAACCGGCGGAUGAAGCAUAAGAAGCAGCUGAGGAAGGCGCAGGACGAGCGGAAGACCCCCGGAGAGCUGGAGCGGUCCGCGGAGAACUCCAGCGAGAGCGAACUGAACGACAAGAGCGCGGAGGAGCUGAAACACGGACUGGAGCCGGACUCGUACAUGCUGGAGGAAAACGACGAUGAUGUGGAUAUCGAGGAUGACAUUUGUUCACCGGAUCAUCUACUAUAG